AGAUUACUCAAUUUUAUUUUAUAAUAUAUACUUAUUAUUCUAAGUACAAUUUAUAAAUCGUACUACAUAAUAUUCUGACUUGAGUGCAGUCUAUAAAUAAAUUUUAAUAAUGUUUCUUUUAACAAUACCUUUUUAUAAAAAUGUUUUAAUUUUAGCUCCAUUUCUUUUUAUUAUUUUCAUUGUGAUGAAACGGAAUUUAAAUAUAGAACCAGAAAAUGUGAUCAAAGUCGAAUCGGAAGAAACCUGUACACCGGAAGUAAUAUACUUUGAAAGUAUGUCUUUUGAAGAAAAAUUAAAAAAACUAGUCAACGAACUUUAUAAAAUUAAAAAAUGUAUACCACUCGAAGAAACGUUAAACGGUUUACACAAAUGUUUGAUGGAAAUACAGCAACUUAAUCACAAACUUAAUAAAACGUAUCAUAUUGAACAAGUAGAACUAAAUAAUGCGAUCUUAUGGCUAGAAAAAUCAACAUCUACUCGUGGUAAGUAUAAACCGAUACCUGAUUACGACGAACAAAAAAUUCAGAAUUACGAUAUCAAUGAAGUAAAGGAAGAAAUUAAGCGAUUAAUUACAAAGAAAGAGUCCAAAAAUGAAUUAAUAGACGCUGCAGUAAAUACUGCGGACAUCAAUAAUAGUGCAGACAUUGACAACGAAAGUAGCAUGACCGAUAAAGAUAACAAUACAUCUCAAACCUCAAAAGCAAUCGAAACGGAAAUAAUUCAAAUUCCGGACGUAAAAUUAGAAAACAUAUUAGAGAACUGCAGACACACAUAUGAUCGAUUUUUGCCUUUGAUAAAAAUUUGGUCCCAAAAACUACGCAAUGAAAUGUUGGAUGUGAUUAAAAUGGUAUACGUGACAUUAAUGGUUAUUCGUCACUCAAUAUUCAACCAGGACAAUUGGAAAAAUACAAUAAACCCAACAGUAUCCAAGUUGCCAAAGAAAUUGAUCUCCAUCCAGACCAAAGUUGACAAUAAAGACGGCGUAGCGUCUAUAAACUUAGAAUUAUUUCCGAAAAUACCGGAAACAAUAGAAAAAAGUCUUUUUUAUCGAAUAAUUAAUAAAAUAAAAUCUUAUUUUUAACUUUUAAUUUUUAAUUCUAACAGACGCUAGUGAAAAGCGAAAAAAUACUUAACGAAUAGGUAUACGCCUGUAUUCUCGGGAAUAAUUCUAAGUUUGUACUUAACAAAACCAAUUUUGUAAUUUUUCAUAAACUAAUUUAUUGGUUCUUUAUUAUUAUAAGUUUAAUACUUUAAUGGUGAAACUUUGAAUAAUUAUUACUUAUAGACCGUUUUUUAAGACCUAAUAAUUGUCCUCAAUAGAAUUUACGUAGGUAUAUGUUUUCAAGAAAAUACGACUUCUAAACAAAAAAAUAUAAUUGUUGUAGAAAAAUACUUUCAAAUUCGUUAUACACCAGGUAAUUAUAGUAUAAUAUCAAGGCAUAUGUGUCAAUGAAAUAAAUGUAAACGUAUGUUAAUAGUUUUUACUUUUUUAUUCUUACGAGUCAUGAAAGUGUGUAAACUUUGAUAUUAUAUUAUUGGUAUAAACCUAUAUACCACACCUAUCUAUAUAGUAUCAUAUCAUUAAUAUGUAAGGCUCGGAUUUUUAAGCAUAUGUUUUAUUUUUUUAUCUAAUUUUUAAUAAAUACAUAAAUUCGUUUCACGUCA